GAACUUAAAAUCAUAAUAUCAUCAUUAUGAUUAUGGCCACUAAACACUCUUUUCAGCUGUUAGGGAUGCUCUUCGUCCUCAUAACUUUGCUAGCUCUUACAAAGCUAGCAAUGGCAGAUGACAUUGAUGAUGUUCCAGCAGAUUUUAAUAGUGCUUAUUUUCCAGAUGACUUCAUUUUCGGGACAGCCACUUCUGCUUAUCAGAUUGAAGGUGCAGCAAAUAAGUCGGGUGCAGGACCUAGCGUUUGGGACGCAUUUACCCAUCAAUUUCCAGAUAGAAUAAAAGAUCACAGUACCGGAGAUGUUGCCGUUGAUUUCUAUGAUCGUUUCGACGAAGAUUUAAAAAAUGUCAAGAAAAUGAAUUUUAGUGCUUUCAGAUUCUCCAUUUCAUGGCCUAGAGUUAUACCUAGUGGAAGGAGAAGCGAAGGGAUAAAUCAGGAAGGAAUUGAUUUUUACAAUAGAGUUAUCAAUGAAACCAUAAAAAAUGGACUGGAACCUUUCGUUACUAUUUUCCAUUGGGACACUCCUCAAGCUUUAGAGGACAAAUAUGGUGGCUUUUUAAGCUCUAAUAUUGUGAAUGAUUAUCGUGAUUAUGCGGAUCUUCUUUUCGAAAAAUUUGGUGAUCGAGUAAAGUACUGGAUGACUUUCAAUGAACCAUGGUCUCUUAGUGGAUUCUCUUAUGAUGAUGGAGUUUUUGCCCCUGGUCGAUGCUCAUCUUGGGUGAAUCGUAAAUGUCAAGCUGGAAACUCGGCUACUGAACCUUAUAUAGUUGCACAUCAUCUCCUUCUUUCUCAUGCUGCAGCUGUAGGAGUAUAUAGAAAUCAAUAUCAGACAACUCAAGCUGGCAAGAUUGGGAUAACGCUCUUUACUUUUUGGUAUGAACCACUCUCCAAUAGAUCAAUUGAUAUACAAGCAGCCAGAACAGCUCUUGAUUUCAUGUUUGGAUUGUGGAUGGAUCCUAUAACUUACGGUCGUUAUCCAAGAACUGUACAAGAUUUAGUUGGAGAUAGAUUACUCAAGUUUACUUAUGAAGAAUCUCAAAUGCUUAGAAGAUCAUAUGACUUCCUUGGAUUACAAUAUUAUACUGCAUAUUAUGCAAAACCAAAUGCUCCAGUUGAUCCAAAUUAUAUUAGAUACAAAACUGAUAGUCAUAUUAUUGAGACUCCUUUUGAUUAUGAGGGUAAUCCUAUCGGUCCACAGGCAUACUCUCCUUGGUUUUAUGUCUUUCCGAAAGGUAUUCGACAUCUAUUAAAUUACACCAAAGAUACAUAUAACGAUCCAGUAAUUUAUAUUACUGAGAAUGGAGUUGAUCGUUACAAUGAUAAAAAUCAAACGAUCGAAGAGGUGAUUAAUGAUCAAUUUAGGAUAGACUAUUAUAAAGAGCAUAUGUGGAAUGCGUUGGGAUCUCUCAAGAACUACUCUGUUAAUCUUAAAGGUUACUUUGCUUGGUCGUAUUUGGACAACUUUGAAUGGAAUAUUGGUUAUACAUCAAGAUUUGGUUUGUACUAUGUGAAUCGUAGUGAUAACCUCACAAGAGUUCCUAAGAAUUCAGCUGGUUGGUUCACGACAUUCUUGCAGGCUAAUCAAUCUAUGAUCGGCAAAGUUAAAUCAAGCAAUUCAAGAAAGAUUGGCAAAUACUACAUAAUGUAAACUAUAUUGUGACUUCUUAUUUGUCUUUGCAUUUGAAUAUUAUCACUGGGCUAUGUAUCCAAUACAAUAAAUUCUAUGUGUGUUUUGUACUUGUAAUCCAUGUUUGGAAUAAAUGUUACUAUCCUCUUCCAUCA